ACACAACUCCAAUUUUCAGUAUAUAAAGGAGAAUGUAGAGGCAGAGGGAGAGCAUUCCGCACCAUAAUCAGCACAUCCAGAAAGUGAAGAAAUCGAUUUCAAGCUUCAAGCUAUGGCGACCCUUCGUGUUCCUCAUGAUGUUCCUCCCCCUAAUGCCGAUGCAGAAGCCAUUAAAGAAGCUUUCAGAGGGUGGGGGACUGAUGAGAAGGCCAUAGUCGCGGUCCUCGGCUACAGAAAUGCAAGUCAGAGGAGGCAGAUCAGGAUUGCUUACGAACAGCUUUUUGAAGAGGAUCUUGUUAAGCGCUUUGAAUCUGAGCUCUCUGGCCACCUCGAGAGAGCUGUGUACCGAUGGAUACUGGAUCCAGAAGACAGAGACGCUGUAUUGGCCCACGUUGCCCUAAGGAAGCCCGAGGAAGAUUUUGCAGUGAUUGUCGAAUUUUCUUGCAUUUACUCGCCUGAGGAGUUCUUGGGGGUCAGAAGGGCGUACCAGCACCGAUACAAGCAUUCCUUGGAGGAAGAUGUUGCCGCCAACACUCACGACGAUUUUCGCAAGCUGUUGGUGGGAUUAGUGGGUGCAUACCGUUACAAUGGAGAAGAGGUAGAUGCAAGGCUAGCCAAAUCAGAAGCUGAGAUACUUGAGCGUGCAAUCAAAGAGAAGACCUUCCAUCAUGAAGAUGUUAUAAGGAUCCUAACCACAAGGAGUAAGGCACAGCUGGUUGCAACUUUCAAUCACUACAAAGAUGACAAUGGCAUUUCAAUCUCUAAGAAAUUGGCUGAAGAUCCCGCAUCCAAUGCAUUCACCGAAGCUCUACGAACCGUGAUCCGAUGCAUCAAUGACCCUACGAAAUACUACGAGAAGGUGGUGCGCAAUGCAAUAAAGAAGAUUGGGAAGAGUGAUGAGGAUGCAUUGACCCGAGUGGUGGUGACAAGGGCGGAGAAGGACUUGGGUCUGAUAAAGGAGGCUUAUCAGAAGAGGAACAGCGUUAGCCUUGAAGAUGCUGUGGCCAAGGAAACCUCUGGCGAUUACAAGCACUUCAUCCUUGCUCUUCUGGAAUUUGAGGCUAUGGCUACCCUAAUUGUUCCUCGCGAUGUUCCUUCCGCCAAUGUCGAUGCUGAAGCUCUCAGAACCGCUUUCAAAGGUUGGGGAGCCGAUGAGAAGGGCAUAAUCUCGAUCCUUGGACAUAGAAAUUGGAUUCAGAGGAGGCAAAUCAGGAUAGCUUAUGAACAGCUUUUUCAAGAAGAUCUUAUCAAGCGACUUGAAUCGGAGAUUUCUGGCCAUUUCGAGAGAGCGGUGUACCGAUGGAUGCUGGAUCCCGAGGACAGAGAUGCUGUGUUGGCCAACAUAGCCCUAAGGAAGCCCAAGGAAGAUUUCGCGGUGCUUGUUGAACUUUCUUGCAUCUACUCUCCUGAAGAGCUCUUGGGGGUCAGGAGGGCUUACCAGCACCGCUACAAGCGUUCUUUGGAGGAAGAUGUUGCCGCCAACACCCACGACGAUCUGCGCACGCUGUUGGUGGGAUUAGUGAGUGCAUAUCGUUACAAUGGAGAGGAUGUAGAUCUAAGCCUAGCGAAAUCAGAAGCAGAGAGACUUGAGCGUGCAAUCAGAGACAAGACCUUCUAUCACGAAGAUGUUAUAAGGAUCUUAACCACAAGGAGCAGAGCACAGCUGGUUGCAACUUUCAAUCACUACAAAGAUUCCUAUGGUAUUUCCAUUUCUAAGAAAUUGGCCAGUGAUGGUUCAGGCAAAGAAUUCACAGAAGCACUGCGAACUGUAAUCCGAUGCUUCGAUAACCCUAUCAAGUACUAUGAGAAGGUGGUGCGAAAUGCGAUCAAGAGGGUCGGGAAGAGCGAUGAGGAUGCAUUGACCCGAGUGGUGGUGUCGAGGGCAGAGAGAGACUUGAGGCAGAUAAAGGAGGCUUAUCACAAGAGGAACAGUGUGAGCCUUGAUGAUGCUGUGUCCAAGGAAACCUCUGGCGACUACAAGCGCUUCAUCCUCGCUCUUCUCGGUAACUAAGCUUAUUAAAAUCUCUGCUUGUUACCAUUAAUAAUAAUAUGUUCUACCUUAUGAUCAUCCCAUUAUGAGUAUCUUAAUAAUCGGCUUUAAGUUCUAUGCUAUAUGCUUUAUGAUGAGUGUUGUACCCUAGAGCCUUCUCUCUCUGUUUCAAGUACUUGGUUUGGUUUUGUAUGAAUAUGUAGACUUCAUUAAUUGAGCCCUCGUGUUGUGUUGUGUUGUGUAUA